AUGGACAUGUUCAGUUUUCCCGGUCACUACAUCCAGGUGAGGCGAGGCCUGGAGUACGACAUCCACCACCCGGAAACCUUUCUUUUCAAAUUCCUCAGCUGUCACGGAGUCAAUGAUGAAGUUGUUAUUAAAAAAUGGGUGCAAGACACCAAAGAUAUUGUCAACCAGCUUAGACACAAGGCAUUUGUGAUGACUCGAUCUGACCUCAGAGUUUACCCCAUCACUAUGCAUAUCAAACUGUACACAAAGCAAGCGGACAACGAGACCAUUGAUGAUGCCCGAUGGCGGGCCAUAAUGCCCAACUCAUCGCAUGUGGAGCUUGGGGAUAAGCUCAUUAAGCUUCUCUCGACUCCCCCGCCUUACAAAUUUCCGAUAGAACUAAAAAAUGACGCUCACCAAAUGAAUUGCGGUACUUGUUCCGGCAAGCUUCGUUUUCUCAACUACAUACUUUUCUUGCCAUGCUCUCAUGCCUAUCAUUAUUCCUGCAUAGCUCAUUGGGCGAAAGGGAAAAUACAAUGUCAGGUGUGCCUCAAGCACGUGGAUUUUCAGACUCUUCUUCAGUGUGCUGUCCUUCGGACGAGAGAUUCUGACCUCAACUAG